AUGGAUGUGUCUAAAAGUUCCAUUGUCCGGGCCGACAAGGUCGACGACGAGGUGUCCGCUGCAGACAACAACGGCAUGGACGUCGAUUAUGGCGACAAAGAAAGCCUGGCCGACGACACCCACAACGACUUAGGUCGUGACAUGUACCUUGCCUCCUUGCGGAUCGAUCCAGCCGAGCGAGAUAUGAUCGCUCGGCGGGUGAAGCGCAAACUGGACUUCAUCGUCCUUCCGAUUAUGAUUGUGGCCUUCUUCCUCUCCUUCCUGGACAAACAGACCCUCAACUUCGCCAGUGCCUGGACCUUCAAUGCCGACCUUGGACUGACAGGAGGCGAAUAUAGUUGGGUUGCAAGCAUCUUGAACUUCGGCUAUCUCAUUGCGGUGUACCCGUCAAUGGUUCUCCUGCAGAAGUUGCCCAUCGCUCGGUUCGUAGGCGUCAUGACCUUCUGCUGGGGGGUUCUUCUCAUUGGAAUGAUCGGGGUCAAGCGAUUCGAACAUGUCAUGGUCAUCAGGUUCUUUCAGGGUGCGGUGGAAGCAUGCAUUGGGCCGGCAUGGAUGUUGUCCACCUCGAUGCUGUGGACACGAGAAGAACAGUCCCUCCGAAUGUCCUGGUGGUUGGGAUGUGGAGGACUCUCCUCGCUCAUCGGGGCCGGCAUGUCUUGGGGACUCGGGCACAAGACCGGGGGCGCCUUGAAGUCGUGGCAGUUGAUCUAUCUGACCACUGGGGUCAUCUCAGCCGCCUGGGGCAUCCUCAUCUUCUUCAUCUUCCCCUCCGAUCCCAAGUCGUGGAUCCUCUUUACUCCCGAGGAAAAGCUGGUGGCCGUGUGGCGCGUGCGAGCCAACAAGACCGGGGUCAAGCACACCAAGCUUCUGCUGUUCCAGAUCAAAGAGUCGUUCCAAGACCCAAAGCUCUACCUAAUCGCCUCGCACUCCAUGGCCAUGGGCAUUCUCAAUUCCUCGUCCAACUUCAAAUCCGCUUUCUUCAAGGGGUUCGGCUAUGAUGCUUCCACCUCGCUCUUGAUGCAACUGCCCGGUGGCGCUCUGGAGUGCAUUGCCUGCCUAGUCGGCGGCUUCUUCACAGCUCACACCCAUAACACCAUGGUUCUCACCAUCAUGGUCGGCUUCGUACCCGGUCUGGCCGGUAUGAUAGGCAUCGCCACCAUCUCGCUGGAGCAUCAAACUUCCCUGGCGGCUUGUCUCUGGCUGCAGGCCAUUUUCGGUGUCUCCAUCGUGCUCACCUGGGCGCUGAUCUCGGCCAAUGUCGCCGGUCAUACGAAGCGUCACUUUUUCUUUGGCACCGAGCAUCUUUUCUAUGCCGUUGGCAACAUUGUCGGUCCGUUUCUCUUCAUCGCCCAUGAGGCGCCUCGCUACUUCACCGCCGUCAAGGCAUUGGCCUCCCUUUAUGGCGUAUGCAUCUUCCUCUCCGCCAUGUUUGGCCUCAUCAUGCUACGAUCCAAUAUGGCCCGCAACAAGGCUUCGGAGAAUAUGCCGGAAGCCCGACUUGACGAGCAAAGCUUUAUGGAUCUUACAGACUUUGAGAACAGGGCCUUCCGCUACAGGCUCUAG